UCUCGAGUUUACUACUUGAAGACUUCUACACAUUUUUUGUGCAUUUUCUACGUUCUGAAUCCUGUAGAAAUGUGUUUUUCGAGAAAGUGCGUCGUGGCAAACGAAAGCGAUCGAGUUUCUCCAAUUUUGAGUAGAGAAAAUUCUGAUACUUCGUCGGAGCGUGACUAUCCAGAAUCGAUUGUUUGGCCGAACACUGCGCAAUCCAGACGGAUGCAUGUUAGCAUUGUUAGACCAUGGGUUCACCAUACCUUGAACAAGGGCGUGUCUAAACUUCGCGACGAGUUCAGUGAAGUUGCCAACAAGAAUCCAAAUGUUCCCGUAGAUGCAUUUAAGUCAAAUCCGGAAAAGAACAGGUACACCGACAUUAAAUGCAUUGAAAAAACAAGAGUCAUUCUUACUACCGAUGGUGCAAGCAGUGACUACAUUCAUGCCAACUAUGUAGGCAUUAGCAUCAAACCGAAAAAGUUCAUUUGUACACAAGGUCCCAAGGAUUCUACCAUCUAUGAUUUCUGGGCCAUGGUGAUUCAGGAUAACGUCGAAUCGAUUAUCAUGUUGUGCAAAGUCAUUGAGUUGGCCAGAGUGAAGUGCGAACAAUAUUGGCCAGCUGUCGAAGGUCAGACCAAUACAUAUGUCAGCAAGGGCCACACCAUCACUAUCAACAAUUUGGGCGUCGGGACACUCUCACCAGAUGAUGAUUUUAUCAAUGUGACUAAUUUGGAACUUGUAUGGGCCGGUAAAACAAGAUCCAUCACUCACUAUCAGUGGACUAACUGGCCGGAUCAUGGUGCUCCACCGAUUAAUAUGGGUGCAAUUAAUCUUAUCGAAGCUGUUAAUUACGAUACGAAUCCGGUCGUCGUUCACUGCUCUGCUGGAGUUGGUCGUUCUGGAACUAUUGUGGGAAUUUCUUUGAUUAUGGAUAAGAUGAUUCAGGGAAUUAAUUGCAAAGACAUGAAAAAGUUAGUCGAGGAAAUCCGCAAUCAGCGUCACUAUGCCAUUCAGACGGAGGCGCAAUACAUGUACAUUCACCGUGUUCUCCUCGAAUACUUCUUGGAAUUGCACAAAGAGACGUACGAAGGAUUGUUGCUGACAAAGAAUUACGAGGAAAAGUAUGCAAAGUGGCUGGACGAUUAUAACACCUACGCAGAAGCCAACGAUCGUACUCAAGCAGCUAAGGCGGCCCGCGCAGCCUUGUAAUGGAUUCCUUGUAGAUGAAGUGUGAAAUGAAUAAAUGAUUGUGUAGAUUUUAAU